CACAGGCUUGCUACAGGAAGUGGUAUAUCUAGUGAGUCAGGGAGCUGAUCCAGAUGAGAUUGGACUAAUGAAUAUAGAUGAACAACUUCCAGUCCUAGAGUACCCUCAGCCUGGUCUGGACAUCAUCAAGGAACUGACAUCUCCUCGCCUUAUAAAAAGCCACCUACCAUACCGGUUUUUGCCUUCAGACCUCCAUAAUGGCAAUUCAAAGGUAAUAUACAUGGCUCGCAACCCCAAAGACCUGGUGGUGUCUUAUUACCAGUUUCACCGCUCCCUAAGGACCAUGAGCUACAGAGGAACGUUUCAGGAGUUCUGCAGGAGGUUUAUGAAUGACAAGUUAGGAUAUGGCUCGUGGUUUGAACAUGUGCAAGAGUUUUGGGAACACCAUAUGGAUGCCAAUGUGCUUUUUCUCAAGUAUGAAGAUAUGCAUAAGGACCUAGCAACAAUGGUUGAGCAACUGGUGAGGUUCUUGGGAGUUUCUUAUGACAAAGCACAGUUGGAAUCCAUGGUGGAACACUGCCAUCAGCUCAUUGAUCAGUGUUGUAAUGCAGAAGCACUUCCCGUUGGCAGGGGACGAGUUGGGCUAUGGAAAGACAUCUUCACUGUUUCAAUGAAUGAGAAAUUUGAUUUAGUUUAUAAACAGAAGAUGGGAAAAUGUGACCUCACAUUUGAUUUUUAUUUAUAAAAGAUGCAUGCACGUGAUAUCCAAAUAUAGCUAGAAGUGCUUUAUGCGGUCAUUUAUUACCUGCUGGACAAACUACUGUAGCUAUUAUGUGUAACAAGAUUUAAAGAAAAACAAUCUAAGUAAACCAUAUCAGAUACAGUUAUCUUUGAUCCUAAACAGCUGUUUAUCUUCUGGUAUUUUAAUCCUUUGUCCACGUGCAAGAACUUCCUAGACAAUACUGGAAUAUUCAGCUGUUACGGAAUGUACUAUAUACGUAUGAGGUAUGUAUCAUAUAUGCAACUAGAAUGUACACCUUUUCAGCCCCACAUUGAUUAUUUAAUGUGUUUUAUAAAAGCUUUUCACUAAAACCUAAAUAAACGUCCGUAAACCAAA